UGUAUAGCCACUGUAUAGCCACUGUAGCCUUGACGUCACUGGCCCAAAAAGGAUCUUGUCUCAUCGACGUCACUAGCCUCGUGCCCCCGCUGUUGGCGCUCUCGAAUCAUGGAGCUGGCUUUGGCGACAACGCCCCCGAGCGUUCCCAGCAUUCCCAGCAUUCCUGCAACGCCCGAGAAAAGCUUGGCCCUGCAGAGUGUCACUGAGAAAAGCUUGGCCCUGCAGAGUGUCACUGAGAAAAGCUUGGCCCUGCAGAGUGUCACGGGCUCGCCCCAUAGGCGCUUGCAUAGGUCACGGACGCUGCCCAUCAUGCAACUGUCCAAGGAACUAUCAUCUUCGGGAUCAAGCUUUCCAACUUCCAACUAUCAGCUUGUUCGUUGCAACACGAUGCACAUUCACAAGCAACAGACCAAAGGAACCAAGGCACAGAACCGGGAUUGGUUGCCGGUACCAGAAAACCUGCCUGCUGGACAUCCACUCCUCUCCCGCUCUAUUGAAAGAUGGUACAGGGACGAUGAGUCUCCCAGCAGGUUUGGGUCGAAGCAAAGCCUUUCCCCGAUCUCGAGGAAUCCGUCGAAGCCUUCACUGUCAAGAAUCGGAUCCAAGGCAAGUGUGAUAUCGAAAGCGGUGGGCAACGCUAUGACCACCUCUGUCAGUAUGCGUGACAUUGCUUCCAGGGAGCAGAUGCGAGGACGCAUGCAGACUCCGCAGUUGCCGAAACCAGUGCAGCCAAGAUCCCCAGCUGCAACCUCCAUCCAAGGAGAACACAAGCACAAGAAUGGCAACCUUGUGAAGGAACUUCGUGAAGCAGUAGAUGCACACGAAUCCGCAGGUGUGAACAAGAAAUGGCUGGGGCAAGGGGGUUCCAUGCCAUCCAGUAUUCGCCAACUCGACUAUUGGAGUGCUAUCGAAGCUUUUGAGUUGUAUGAUUCCAAAAGAUUAGGCUUCUUAGACAAGCCUGCAUUCUACACCAUGCUUAGAGGUCUCACACGAAAACGAGACUACAUGGAUGAGAAGCUUAGUGAUCAUAUCUUUGAUGAGAUUGACAUCAACCAGUCAGGUGGCAUCGACAAGGAGGAAUUCUUGGGCUGGGUCUUCGAAACAAACAACUUUCGUUUAAAUCAUCUUCGGGAGAAGUUGGUUGACAUGUCCGAGGAAGAGGUCCAAAAGAUAUUCCGCAAGAUUGACAAGACUGGCGAUGGGCAAUUGGACAAGGAGGAAUUCUGGCACUUUAUCCAAAGUAUUGGUGGAAUACCCCCAGAAGCCAGUGGUGACCUGCACGAAUUUAUCGAUAGCGACAAUUCUGGACUGAUCAGCUUCGACGAGUUCUUGAACUGGGUUCACCCAGAUCGUGAGCUGGAGCUCUUGGAGAAGCACCAUGCAGACUGGAAAUUGGAUCUGGUGCGUUUGAGCGACUACCAGCGACCCGAGAAGCCACUGAUGGAGACGCGACCCGGAAAGCCAGUGGUAAUCGAACUCUGGAUCGGACCGGACUACAAGUUCAUGGCAGACAGGAUGAAGCUGAUGCUUUGUCAGAUGUUUUCUCCAGAACAAGUCCAUUGGGAGUUCAAAAUGGACGGCCGCAUUUCUGGCACAUGCUCCCUGGUGCUUGCGAAAGUCGGGAGAGGUAUCGAGCUUUGGAACAGGGACUCAAUGAUGGCUUACCGUGAAGAUCCAUUUCUGGACUCCUCAGGCUCCACUGCAAGGAAAUGGCUCACUGAUGUGUUGCACAAGUGUCUCCCUGAUGUGGAACGAGCCUCCAACCUCCACCGCCUGAAGCAAAGGAGACACUUGGCCCACCACAGGCAAGGGUCAAAGCAAAAGCACUGAGAGAAUCUGAGAGAUUUGUAGAUUGGGCAAGAUUUGUACAUUUUUGUACAUUUUUGUCUGCAGUUCUUGAAACAAAGUUAUUCCAUCUUGCAAAUUGCAAGACAAAUUAUCUGCACAAGCUCUUUCAGCAGCGGGACACAAGAAUGGUGCAACACUCGAG